AUGGAUCCAGUCUCCGCGACCGCCGCCGCCGCUUCUGCGGUACCACAGAUCAUCAAUACCAUCCAGCGAGUCAAGAAGCUAUACGACGCCUUUUGUAACGAAUACACCAGCUCGGCAGCCCUCCUUAAAGUUUUAAUAGACGAUAUUAAACAAUUUCAGUUAUUCAUAGUUCAACACAAGACGGAAAUCGAAGAACGGGGCUUGCAGUAUCAACGGUUCGAAUCAGUUAUAGACACGUUGGAACAAUGUAUCAAAUUUCAAAAUGACUACAGGGUGCUUUUGGAUAAUCGGAGGAAGAGGUCGUUUACAGGAGCCUUCAAAACAAUACGAUUCACGUGGGAAGAGGAUGAGAUCAAGCGACUUCGAGAGCGGAUUAGGGAGCAUAGAAGCGACAUGGUGCUUUCGUCGGUACAUAUCAUCAUGGUCGAGAACCGGCAGCGAGACCAUCGUCUACGUAUUCCGGAAAGUUCCCCAAUAUCGAUACCUAGGAAGCUCGAGUACUCUGUGGAGUCAUGUCCAUCGCCGCCGUCAUCGAUGGAGGAACUCGGCAGUCCAGUUUUUAAGCCUGAUCAACCUUUGAGGAUCUGUCCCCCAUUACCAGAAGAAGACAUUUCCAACAACCGCCCGCCGAUGCCAACUACUCCUCCCGCACGUCAAACCACUGUCGAGAACCCAUCCUCGAUCGUAACCAGUCCUACCCUGCUUCCUCUAGAAGGCCCUGCGUCUGCUCCUCCGUCUCUUCGAGGUCAAUUCACGCUGCCAGGUCUGAUCUUGCCACAGCCAGCCCUAUCAUAUGUUGUGGCCGAAGUAUUCUUUGGGACUAAGAAAGUUUCACUCAGGAGAAAACCGGCGGGCCAAGAUUCUGAAGUAGGACGCGAACUCAUUAUCCGAGACCAAGAUAACAACCUUCGAUUCCGGCAUAGAAUCAGAAGACCAAGUGGCGAAGCCUGCUAUCCAUACACAUGGCAUAGCAAAUGGAAGAGUCGCCACAUGGACUUGGAGAUCAGUUUCACAGGCACUGCACCAGAUGCGCAUUCAAUCUCAUUCAAAGGAGCACCGGCUACGAUUGCAAUGCCCACAUACCUCUUUACGGAAAGUCAGGAUUUUAGGGACUUCCAGAGUGAGGUUCGAGGAAAGAAGUUGGAAGACACAUUUGAGGUCCGCUUGAUCUCGUCAGCCAAUGCGGCCAAAAAUGGAGAGGCCACAGAUCAACACUUGAAGAUAUGGCGAGACAACCUUUCCCAAGAAUGCUCUAUUUCCUUCUACGCUAGUGCUGCACCAAAGCCUCGCCACUUGGAGUUUCCGUUGAAUGCGUUUGAUCAGGUUUUACGGACGGAUGGAAGGCUAGACUUACGGCUAAAUUUCUUGGCUGGCAUGGAACCAAAGAGGGCUCGCACCUUUUCAAGGCCGUUGAGUCGUCCCUCUACAGACAGAUCAAUAUCUACCGCAACGGUAUCGAAUGUUUUCACUAGACACAAUACAGGCAUUGCGUCGAGCGAAUCGUCCGUGACGACAAUGAACUCUCGCAUGUCUGUGACAAGCAUCCUGUCUGAUGGUAGUCAGGCUCAAGGCCGCUUGGACACGCGACCAUCACUCGAAUCCCAAGUCAAAAAGAUGAAGUAUUUGGAUAUUGAGUUUUCCAAUGAGGGUGAAGCAGCGCGAUUCAAAAAGGUAUUCGAAGCCUUGUACGGGGAGGAAAUUUCACGCCCGCAGGACUUUUUCCACAACUGGCGGAUGAAUAGCAGCCACCAGAGGGCUGGAAGUGUCACCAGUGUGUCGCCCUCAGCAACGCCUUUCAGCAUUUCCCCAGACUUGCGGCCGAGGAGCUCAGUGCCUAGGGAAGAAGGCAGAUGA